AUGGACGUGAUGUUUGUGAGAUUCAAUGAUAUUUUUAAGGCAGAACACCAUACAAAAAUACUUUAUCAUUUAAAAUUCCCAUCAAGAGCAGCAAUCGUUGGCAAAAUUUAUGGAAGCUCGUUCUCUCGAUAUGGAAUGAAGAAUGCUUAUGAGUCAUCUCAGCCAACCACAUGGCUUCGACCAGAUUGCACUCUGCUUCCACAUCCGGGUGGCUGUUUUUCUCCAGAUUGUUGGCCGACUAGCAGUCCAUCCUUCCGUCCUGACCCGAUCUCUACAAUUGGAUCUGUGACCGAGACAACCGUUCGAGCAACAGAAGCUGUGAUCACUGAGACGGUGAAGACGACUGACCAGGUGGUCGAAAAAGUCCUCGACACGCUCAAUCUAUUCAAGCGG